CAAAGUGCAACUUUGGGAAUCUGCUCUCUGUUUAUUUAGCACAAAAAUGGACUCAGACUCUGAUUCACCUUUUAAUUACUCUUGGCCUUCCUUACCUAAAAUGAGGAUUCGAAGAAGGGCAUCCAAACCAGAGCACAGACACUCUACCCUUGAUGUUCUUAGAAAAUUGAAGUCUCCCCCUACUUUCUUUGCUGCAACCAGACUUUCUUCCAUGCUGAGUGGAAGUGAUGAAGUAUAUGCAAACUGCAUGGUAGUGGACCAAGCUGGAGACUUAAAGGCUAGCUAUGUUCAUGGAGAUGGUGUCAGCAGUAAAAUGUGUCUAAAUCCCACCAACUCAAUCCCAAUGGCUAAGAGCUCUUCCUCUUCCUCCCUUGAGGGGAGUGAUCAAUUUAUGUAUCUCCCAAAUGAAGAAAGUCAGAAGCCAGUAAAAAAAGAAGAAAAUGCCAUUUCAGCUUCUCAACUGUAUGGAGCAGAUUCAUAUCUUCCAUUCAAGACCCGUGGAUUUAUUAAGGAUCGGGGCCAGCUUUAUGCUGACAGGAAAAGAAGAAGUUCAAGUCUCGAUAACCUUGAAGCAGACAUUGGAAGUGGAGGUGUGUCAGACAGAUCCCAUGUUCACUACCCUUCCCUCAGCUCUUCAGAGGCCAUGGCUUCUAGCAGAGACGGACCGGACUUACCUACCAGUCUGCAGCCCACGGAAUGCGCAGUGCUUGGGAUUCGGUCACGCUCCUAUUCCUGCUCCUCACCCAAAGGUUUGGUAGGAAGAACUCUCAUUCCUCAGGACUUUGCAGUUGGGGAUUCAAAUGGAGAGCGGGCAUACAGCCUGGCCGAGCAGUCCCGGGAGCAAAGGUACGGGCGUGUGUCGCGGAGAGCCGGGAGCAGGAUUCAGGAAGAAGAAUGGAAUAAAUAUGCUGUACCCUCAAAAAAUGAGUCUGAAAAAUAUAAAGUGAGUCGGACUUUCAGCUUUCUGAUGAACAGGAUGACUAGCACAAGGAAUAAAUGCAAGACAAAAAAUAAAGAUACCAAAGAUAAGGAGAAACCAACCAGGCACAGUUUUACAUAUGGGACUUUCCCAGGAGUUAUCCCAUGUAUAGUCUGUGAAAAGGCCCUCCUAGGAAAGGAGUCACUGCAGUGUUCUUAUUGCAGUGUGAUUGUGCAUAAAAGCUGCAAGGAGUGUGCUCCUGUGUGCACCAAGAAAUCCCAGGAAAAAUACCAUAAUAAAAACAAGCUCCAAGUUGGUGUAACAAAUUCCCUGCCUGGAGACAUUUCACAGAUGACACUAUCCACAGUGCAUCCUUCUUUCUCUGUGCCUAUUGGUCUAUCUUCUGGAAAGAGAGAAGCCUUACCACCCUACCUCUUGUCCAAAAGUGUCCCCGGUGCUGGUUUGGAAAGAAGAGUGACACAAUUUUCUGAACAAGACUCUGAGAGUGGCACCUGGAAGUCCAAGUCACAGUCUGAAGAGAUGUUACAAGCAUUACAGACCUUUUCUUCAGUGGAUGCCUUUAUGAUGGAAGAUGAUGUGGAUUUGUCUCAGUGGACUGAUCUCUGCACAGAUGCAGAAGAGUUUGAAGCAGAGUCCUGGAGUCUUGUUGUGGAUCCGAUGUUCCGUAGCAAGCAAGAAAAGGAUGUCGUCAAGCGGCAGGGUGUCAUAUUUGAGCUGAUGCAAACAGAAGUACAUCACAUCCAUACCCUGUUCAUUAUGUCUGAAAUAUUCAGGAAAGGGAUGAAGGAAGAACUGCAGCUUGACCGCAGCAUGGUGGACAGAAUAUUCCCCUGCUUAGAUGAGCUACUGGAAAUGCACAGGCAAUUUUUCUGCAGAAUGAAGGACAGACGGCAAGAAUCAUGUGAGGCAGGGAGUGAGCGUAAUUUUGUCAUCAGCAGAAUUGGAGACAUCCUUGUGCAGCAGUUUUCAGAGGAAAAUGCAACUAAAAUGGAGAAAAUAUAUGGAGAGUUUUGUAGCCAUCAGAAAGAAGCUGUUAAUCUCUUCAAAGAGCUGCAACAAAACAAGAAGUUCCAGAAUUUUAUUAAACUGAGAAAUAAUAACCUAUUGGCACGACGCCGAGGAAUCCCUGAAUGCAUUUUGCUCGUCACCCAGCGAAUCACCAAAUACCCUGUUCUGGUUGAAAAGAUAUUGCAAUACUCAAAAGAAGGAACAGAAGAGCAUGAAGACCUGUGCAAAGCCCUUCAUCUAAUUAAGGAUGUAAUAGCAGCAGUAGAUUUGAAAGUGAAUGAGUAUGAGAAAAAACAAAAGCUGCUGAAAAUUCUCAGUAGAACUGAAAACAAAACAUAUACAAAGCUGAAAAAUGGCCACAUUUUUAGGAAGCAAGACUUGAUGAGGAAAGAGAGGAUACUUCUUCAUGAAGGUUUAGUGUAUUGGAAGACAGCCACUGGUCGGUUCAAAGACAUCUUAGCUCUGCUUCUAACAGAUGUACUACUCUUCUUACAAGAAAAGGAUCAAAAAUACAUCUUUGCCGCUGUUGACCAGAAGCCUUCAGUCAUCUCCCUUCAGAAGCUCAUAGUAAGAGAGGUAGCCAAUGAAGAAAGGGGCAUGUUUCUGAUUAGUGCUUCAUCUGCAGGACCUGAGAUGUAUGAGAUCCAUACCAGCUCCAAAGAAGAACGUAACAACUGGAUGAGGCAUAUUCAAGAGGCAGUGGAAAGUUGUCCAGAAGAAGAAGAAGAAGAAGAAGAAGUAAAAAUGAUUGAAUCUGAUGAGAACAGACGUAUUGCUGAGGCCAAGGCAUACAGAAUUCAGAAAUAUCAAGAAUCACUGAGUAACCAGGACCAGCAAAUCUGUAAUUAUUUAGAAGAAAAGUUGCGUGUCUAUGCAGAACUGGGAGAUUUGUGUGGGUUUGAAGACGUCCAUGUAGAACCUCACCUACUUAUCAAACCCGAUUCUGGAGAAACUCCACAGGCAGCUUCACUGCUGGCAGCAGCACUCAGAGAAGUUGAAAGUCUCCAUGUGGCCGUAACAACAUCACAAGUGAGCGAAACAGACAGAUCACCAGAGGAAAGUACUGAGGAAUUAAGUGUGAAGCAUAGGUUCUCUGCCAAUGAAAUACUAGAAUCUGCUCCGGGUGAUGGAGAAAGAAAAGAAACUGAAGAAUCAAAAGAAAUCGAUCUCAGUGUUGAAAAGGAAAUGGCAGGUGCCAAUCUUGAGGAUAAGGGAGGAAGCAUGCAUUUUUCAGGAUCUACAGGGACAGAGAUUGUACAAGCGAUCCAGAACUUAACCCGUCUCUUAUACAGCAUGCAGGCAGCACUGGCUAUCCAGGACAGCCACAAAGAGCUCCACAGGUUACUACUGCAGGAGAAUGAGAAGACCAGUCAGAGCCAUGGCUCUCGGCUAAACCUCGUUUUGGAACAAGAGAAAUAUCGAAAUCUGGAGAAACAAAAGGUGGAACUGGCCAACAUACACAAAUUGAAGCAGCAGUUUCAGCAAGAGCAGCAGCGGUGGCUGCGUGAAUGUGACCAGCGGCAGCGGGAGCAGGAGGCGAGGGAGAGCCGGCUGGGGCAGCGGGAGCGCGAGUGCAAGUGCGAGGAAGAGCUGCUGGCGCAGAGCCGACAGAGACUGGCGCUGCAGCUGCAGGAGUACCAGCAGAGUCUGGAGAGGCUCCAGGAGGGCCAAAAAAUGGUGGAGAGAGAAAGAGACAAUCUGAAAAUGCAGAAGAAACUCAUGUGGCACUGGAAGCAUGGUCACCAUGACAGCCUGUUCUCACACACAGGGAACUAUGAGAUAAUGGGACAUAAUCAGUUGGACAGGAUACAUGGUGAAAAUGCAUUCUACUUCAAUGAAGCUGUAGUGUGUAUGUCCCUAACCAGAAUCAACAGUUCAGAUUCUUCUCUCAUUUGUGAGGAUGGUGUGUAUGGGAUGAAUAUCUCAAAUUCUGAUGUAGCAGGGAAUAGUGAAAAUCAACUGAACCUCAAAAUGGACACUUCCUGUCAGCAAGCAUUAACUAGUGCACUGUGGAAAUCCACUAGUCCUUACCAGCAGAUGUCUUUUUCCUGCAAAAGCAACAAGGAUAAUGAUCUGAAGGCAUCACAGACCCAGGGUCUCCAGACAAGUGUUCCAAAUCAGGGAUCCAUCCAGUCACCACAGGCAGACGAACUGCUCCUGAACCACCAGCCUGGGAGCCUGCAGGAUGCAGAAAGUGGAGCCAGAGUAGAGGAAAAGAUUGUUUACCUCUGAUAACUUGUUUUCUAAUCUCAGUAGCACUUUGGAAAGAUAACUGUGUUUGCUUUUCUAAAUUUCUGUAGUUGUUCUCUGUAUGACCAUCUGGCUUUAAGGGUAGUAUUUAAUAGUAAAUGCAAAAUUUUCCCCAUGAUAAUUAUAGCAACUAAGUUAUUUUGAAGCCUUUGUGGUGUAAUCUUUAAUUUAUGACAUGAUUUCAAAUGCUUUGCAAGAAGCAACGAGUAGCAGGGGAGACAUAACGUUUUGAAAUUGUAAAGAUGCCACAAAGGACUGUGAAAGCUAGAGUUAGGAGAGAUGAGUCUGCUACUUGAGAUUUCAGAGUGUGUAUCAGUAACGUUCUAACAGUUGUGAUGUAACAUGAAAAGACAGCAAUGUAAGAGUGAUGGCUCUAGUCUUCACUGAAACGUGCUAUGUACCCUUAGCUGUUGGGUCAUUUUCCUUAUCUUCUAGCUCAGGAACUGCUCAGAAGGGGAUGUUUAUUACAGUCUGAGCAUAGCUGCAUAUUUGUGAGUGUUUUUUCAUGUCCUGAAGCCUAUUAUCAUUUUGAUACUACUGCCAGUUUCUGUGCAGAGAUGCACUAAAUCAGUUAUUAUAACUGUUCCUCAUUUCAGUAAGUGUCCUUACACAUUAAAAUUUACCAGAUGAAACCAUCUCACUGGUCAAAAGAAAAGAAAGGGGAUAAAUAGUAGGCUUCCGUUAACUGAACUCUUUUGAAACUCCACUGCUUUCCUGUGUAGAAGUCAGAUAGCUUUCUGCUUCCAGAUUCAUGGUAUUUCCUGUGUGUUAGGAAGUAUGAAACCUGUUUUGUCCCUUUUUGUGUCUUUUUGUCUUUCUGAAAAAUUUGUACACUUCUGUCAUGCUGAAUAAGUCUUCUGUGCUUUUCUGCAGAGAUUUAACUUUGAGUCAUUGUGAGAUCCCUCAAAGAAAUAAGAAAAUGGGAGGGAAAAACAAAAAAGAUGUCCAGGGCUUGUUUGCACUGAGCUCUGCUGCAGAUGUGUGUUCCUGGUCCAGAGUAGCCAAAGCUGUGUAUUUCAGCGGGCAAAACCAAGGAUGUGCCUAUUGCCACUUAGCAUGGCUGAUGGCAUUGGCGGAGGUGCAGCAGGAACACAGCUGCACAGCUCCUGAACCUGGACUGCCUCACAUCUGCCCAGCUCAAGGAGCAGAGGAGUGCAGGAUUUGUCUGGGUAAGCCCCAGGUGCCAGUGGUUUCCAUUUUUGCCCUAAGCCCUGUGCUGUGCAACAUCUUUUGCAGGGCACAGAGUUUUAGACGUGUGCAUUUGUUGGCAAGGGUUUCCUGACUGAGAAGGAUUCUCUCCCGGAGACUUGGGUGCUAUGGGGAGUACUGUAAAGCAGAGCUUUCUGAGCUGCAUCUUACUGGACUCCAGAGUCGUCGUUCAGUUGGUAUCUUGGGCAAACAACCUAGCGUCUGGCAUGAUGAGGAGGAUGUGAUUCUCAGCUGUAUUAACUGAUGUGCAAAUGCCAUCAGAGAAAGACUGGGCCUGCAGAUGUGGUGUCCAGUGUCUAUGUCCAGCCUUCAAGACUCCUGCUAACCUGACAGCACUUUAAAAAUAUGUCUCUUUAUAUGAGGAAAAUAAAAACCCUCCUUUAGAAUUUCUAGAAUUGUUUUACCUUCUUUGCUUUUGACAAUGAGAUUAAAAUUGAAAUGUGGAUCCAACUUCUCUUAAGCACCCUGUAGUAAGGAUAGGGAGUCAACAAUGAAUUCAGAGUUGCCACCUGAACAGCUUUUUGGCAAGUUUCUAAGUAGCCAGACAAAUUUCUUGGGAUGGUGUAUGUCCCAGGAUAUGUGCCUUGCCCAGAGACCCAUGGGAAAUUGGGAAAAAUUAGCAGUUUUCUCCACAGUUACUCUCUCUGCAUUUCCUUAUGCCUUGGCUGAAACAUCUGGUAUUGGUUACUGUCAAAUCCAAGCUGCUGGAUGGAUAGCUGCUGUCCCAGUUUGGUGUGGGAAUUCCCACGUAAGCGUCUUGCCACCGGGAGAGGAAGAGAGAAUACUGCUUCUCUCAUCAGUUUUAAUUGAAGGGCUGGGAGCUGAAAAGCAGCUGGCCCAGACUUCAGCUGCUGUGCAAAUUCUUUUAAGUCCCUUAAAAUCAGGCAGCAUCUUAUUUUGCUCACCUGUGUUUACAGUAAAACUUCUGGCAUUUCAGAAAGGCAAAGGCAGGAAACAGGUGGCCUCUAGAUUUAGGUAUUUUAAUUGUAGAAAAUGUUUAAAGUAUAGGCCAGUAUGGUCUCGGCAGGUGCUCUUUAUAACAAGAUGUAUUAUGCACCCCUGUACUCUGUCUAUUAUUUAGGCAUUUCUUAAUACUUAGUGGAAUUUAAACACAGCCCCAGUGA